CCAGUCAGAUGACGAAGGUCUGAAGGAGGCACAACCUCUCCCUGCUGAAGCCGGAAAGAGCAAGGAGGUCAACCCAACGGAGAGUAAAGCCAAGGUGAAAAAACCCCACCGUCACAAUCCAUUUAUGCCACGAAACAUGACCAAGGCUCCAUCUGAUGACGAGGGCUUAAAAGAGGACGAGUCUUUACCGGCAGGCGAGAAGAACGAGGGGGAGGAGGAAGACAGAGUGGCAGCUGAAACCCGAGUCAAAAAACCCAAGAAGCACAAUCCCUUCAUGCCCCGGGUCAAGGCAAGAGUUGCUAAAAAUGCACAGGAAGAAACUGCAAGCAAUGAUACUGCAGAGAAUCAAGGUGCGAAUCAGUCCUUGUUUGACCAGUUGGAGGAAUUCCGUCUGGACAGAACAGACACUGAGGACGACCAGGAUGUGGAAGGGCUGAUGGAGUGGUGGAGCACCAUAGAACAAUGGGAAGACUUUCCUCAACUAGAUGACAUGACCGAGAAAGAAGAAGCCAAGGCAUUUGCUGUUACUGCAGAGAAGGUGCAGAAGGGCAUUCGGGUCUUCAACAAGCUGUUCUCAGAGCGUGCUGAGAACCUGUGGCAACACGUCAUCGACCUGAACGCCAUUGCCGAUGGCCUGGACCGCUUCAACAAGAAAACCAAGAUCGCUCAAAUCACCGGCGGCUCCACCAGUGCCAUCGGGGGAGUGGCUACCAUUGCCGGCCUGGCUCUGGCCCCUGUCACCAUGGGAACCUCCUUGAUCGUUACGGCCGUUGGGCUCGGCGUGGCCACGGCAGGUGGUCUCACCUCAGCUGGUGCUGGCAUCUCCAACCAGGUCAACAACUCACUGGACCGCAAGAAGGUGGAAAAGAUUGUGGAGGACUACCAAGAGAAGAUGGCCGACCUCAACAAGUGCAUGAUGUUCAUCAAGCAAGGUAUUGAGAGCCUGCGCAAGUUUGAUCUCAUCAAGAUGAAAAAGCAUGCUUACAACCGGGACUUCCCUGCACUCAACAACAUCUAUGAGGACGGUGCCAUGGUUGGCAAGGCCAUCCUCAUCAAUGCAAAUGAGAUCAUGCGUGUGGUGCAGAUUGCCAACGUGGCAGGCAGUACGGCAGCCAGGGCAGUUCAGAUUGCCAGCAUGGCUACCGGGGUGCUCACUGGACUCUUUGUCGGUAUGGACAUCUACUUUGUGGCCAAAGAUUCCAAAGAACUCAAGAAAGGCGCCAAGUCAGAGUUCGCUGCCAAGAUCAGGGAAGUGGCGAACCAGUUGCAUGAGGGUCUGGUGGAGCUCAAUGGGAUCAGAGAGGAGCUGCAGUCCACCAGCCCACCAGAAAACGUCAAUAAUGACGCAGCAAAAACCACCGAGAAAGAGGAGGACGAGAAACCUGAUGGCUCAGACGAGGAUGAAAUUGAUCGAAUUAAAAGAGCCCUUAAAAAGGAUAUUGAGAACCAGGAAUAUGUUUGAGGGGGCCGUUCCUUAGCUAAUAAAAUAAUAAUUAUAUCAUUAUCAGUCUUUCAAGGUGUUUUUAGUCUUAUCCCUUAGGUUUCACCCUCCAAAAACUAUUACCACCAGAAAUCGAAUCCUUUGGGCACCUUCGAAAGUCGCUCAGAAAUAUUGUGUAGCAUUGCUGACAACCCGUAACAGGAAGUUGGGUCUAAUAGAAGAAUAACUUGGCAUUAAAGUUGUUGAACGUGUCAUUUUUUAUCAGUAGGGGACGUUUUAAACUCCCAAGUUUUCCCUUUUUGAGGAUAGACUACGCUAUCUUGUGAGCAUUUACACUACAGGGAGAAAGUGAGUGCUGUGUAUGUACUGUACAGUCUGUGAUCUCUGGCUUAUGUGCCAGUACCUGAAACUGCCUUGUCUUUUUCAGCAGGAUGGGGUUGUGAAAUUUAGCCAAAUAGUUUUGUAGUAUAUUUAUAUUAAUAAACAUUUGUUUUAAGCUCAUGUUUAAUUUUUGACUUUGCUGCUUAGAGAUUCAUAAAAGCUCCAUUAGUUCACAUUAAAACAAUGAGGUUUUGUUGUACUGUGACAUUAGGGGUUGUGCGUCCAAUCAGGGAGUUGUGCCUUCAUUAUUUAUAUUGCCUUAGAGUUAUGAAAUGCAACGCGCCUUAAGAGUUUUCCCGUUUCCACAGUCCCCUCACUCUGUCGUAGAGGUUGUGCAUCUCAUAUAUAUAUAUAUAUAUAUAUAUAUAUAUAUAUAUAUAUAUAUAUAUAUAUAUAUAUAAAAGCUAAUAAGACAAACAAUAAAACUGACAUGGAUCAAAUAUGUUUUGGGUUCAAUAAAGAAUUAACAGAACAGUUUAUUUUAUUUUAUUUAUAAGACGAGGUCUAGAGUAUAGAAGACUUGUUCCCGCACUCCCUUUGAUAACAGUUUCCAAAGAGGUUUGAGUUCCAUGAAAAAUGUCCAGAUUUAUGUCUGUAUGUCCUGUUAAUAGCAGCCAAAUGUCUGACUUAACGAACUUGACAUCAUUGUUUUUCUCCAUGGCCUGGUGGAACAACUCUGUGUGUCCGUCUGUGUGCAAUACCGUUCAAUGCGCAGUGUAUACGUUUUAUUUUAUGUUCAUCUAAUGUCUAAAAAUGCUAAUAAAAUGUCAACAAAGAA